UGGAUUUUUUCCGUGCUGUCUAUCAAAUUGCAGAGAUGGGGGCUUAUCGGUACAUGCAGGAACUUUAUAGGAAGAAGCAGAGCGAUGUGAUGCGGUACUUGCUACGUAUUCGCGUUUGGCAAUACCGCCAACUAACGAAAUUACAUCGUUCGCCAAGACCUACUCGCCCGGAUAAAGCAAGACGUUUAGGAUACAGAGCUAAACAGGGGUUCGUGAUUUAUAGAAUCCGUGUUCGCCGCGGAGGUCGCAAGCGUCCAGUUCCCAAAGGAUGCACUUAUGGCAAGCCGAAGAGUCAUGGUGUAAACCAAUUAAAGCCCUAUCGUGGUUUGCAAUCCAUUGCUGAGGAACGUGUUGGUCGUAGACUUGGCGGAUUGCGAGUUUUGAACUCGUAUUGGAUUGCGCAAGAUGCUUCUUAUAAAUAUUUUGAGGUAAUCUUAAUUGACACUCACCACAGUGCUAUUCGUCGUGAUCCAAAGAUCAACUGGAUCUGCAAGCAUGUUCACAAGCAUCGUGAAUUGCGUGGCCUUACAUCAGCUGGAAAAAGUUCACGAGGCAUUGGCAAGGGAUAUAGAUACUCCCAGACUAUUGGUGGAUCUAGGCGUGCUGCUUGGAAGCGCAAGAACCGUGAGCACAUGCACAGAAAACGAUAAAUUGUGAAGCAUUUAUUUUAUCGGUUAAAUAAAGCACUUCGUGCAUGCAAAGAACAUA